AUGGGCACCCUGCGCGUCGGCCCCCAGAGCAAGGACGAGAGGAAGCUGUUCAAGCCCCAGCGGGAACUCAAACUGGAGGUGACCGGGGACCUCCACGCCAUGGUGGGGCUGGUGGCCAUGGACAAGGCCCUGUUCGCGCUCAACAAGAAAAACAAACUGACGCAGAAGAAAGUCUGGGACACGGUGGAGGGACACGACAUUGCCUGCACAGCGGGCAGUGGGCAGAACCUCAUGGGGGUGUUCACAGACGCGGGGCUGGACGUGGCCACCAGCCUGGGGAUCUCCACCAAAGCAAGGACAGAUCUGCGCUGCCCCCAGCCGGCUGCCAGGCGCCGGCGCCGGUCCCUGCAGACGCUGCAGAAGAAGCAGCACAAAGUGGACCAGUACCAGACGGCCCUGGAGAGACGGUGCUGUGAGGCCGGGAUCCAGGAGAACCCCAUGGGGCACUCGUGCGAGCAGAGGACGAGCCGCGUGCACCUGGGCCCCCCCUGCGUGGCCGCCUUCCUGGACUGCUGCCGCUACGCCCGGGCACUGAGCCGCGAGGAGCGCACCAAGCUGCUGCUGGGGAAAACCAACGAGGACGAGGAGUGCGAGGACGAGGACUGCGGUGGCCCCGCCGUGGUGAGAAGCCACUUCCCGGAGAGCUGGCUGUGGGAGAAGUUCAACCUGACCGAGGCAGACUCGCGCCAGCCGGGCCUCGCCAAACACCUGCUCACCAAAUACCUCCCCGACUCCAUCACCACCUGGCACAUCCUGGCCGUCAGCCUGAGGAAAGACAAAGGGCUCUGUGUCUCCGAGCCCUACGAGGUGGUGGUGAAGGUCCCGUUCUUCGUCGAUCUGCGGCUGCCCUACUCCGUGGUGCGGAACGAGCAGGUGGAGCUGCGGGCCGUGGUGUACAACUACCACGAGGACGAUGAAGAGCUGCAGGUGCAGGUGGAUUUCCCGUACCAGGAGCAGCUCUGCAGCCCGGCCCGGCAGGGGAAGAGCUUUCGGCAGAGGCUGCGGGUGCCCCGGGGCUCAUCCCGGGCCGUGCGCAUCGUCGUGGUGCCCCUGGAGCUGGGCCCCGUCAUGGUGGAGGUUCGGGCCUUGGCCCAUGGCCUGGGCUUCCGCGACAUCGUCAGGAGGAUGCUCAACGUCCAGGCGGGGGGUGAAAUCCAGCGGCUCUCGCGGAGCAUCGUCCUGAACCCCAAAGGUCAACUGCAGCAGGAGCUGGUCAGAAGCCAACACCUCGAAAACCUGGUGCCCGACACAGACGCCGAGGUCUUCAUUAGCGUGCAAGGUACGUGGGGUGCCAGCCGGGCACGGCUCCGCAGGGGCGCCAGGCAGCAAGUGCGGCUCGGCCUUUGA